AUGGUGGUUGUUGACAGGCCCACAAAGUAUAAACAAUUUGUUGCUUUAACUCAUCCUAAAACAGCACUUACUGUGGCUCAAGAAUUCUUACGCCAUAUUUUCAAGCUCCAUGGUCUGCCAAUCUCUAUUGUCUAUGAUAGAGACAAAGUGUUCACCAGUGCUUUUUGGCAAGAGCUCUUCAAAUCAUUGGGCACCAGAUUAAACUUGAAUACUGCAUACCAUCCACAAACUAAUGGUCAAACAAAGAGGAGAUACUUGAAGGACAAAGAUGCCAUGUUGGAUCUUCUCAAAGAAUCUCUUCAUAAGUCCCAAGAGAGGAUGAAGUUCUUUGCUGAUCAUAAAAGAUCUGACAGAUCAUUUGAGGUGGGAGAACAAGUUUAUUUGAAGUUGCAACCCUACAUGCAGUCUUCUAUGGCAAUCAUAAGCAACUUCAAACUAUCACCAAGCUUUCAGAUUGGCUCUCCCUCCUACAUCCAAAAUGUCUCCCAAUUGAAGAAGAAGCUUGGAGCAGCUGCCAUUACUGCACCUACUCUACCCUUAAAUGAUGAAGAAGGUGGGAUUGUUUUGAUUCCAGUUGCUUCUUUAGAACUUCUCCAAGAUUAUCGCAAGGGCAACAUGGUCCUAUAG